UCAUGUUCAAUCACCCAUGGAAAGCGGGUGUGCUGUAAGAACAAUGUUUGUAUGAAAAGAAGCAGAUAUGAAGAUGAUUCUGGAACGUUACAGUUGGCUCCAGGCAGUGGUCAGAAAGCUAGCAAGCUCCCCCGAUCCGAGGUUGAAAAGAUUAUUUCAGAUAAGGUUGGGACUGCAGUCGAGCAGUCUGACUACAAGAUGAAGAAUCUGAUGGAGAGGAUCAGUGAGGUGAAUGGUGAACCCAGAUAUGAUGCCAGAAUCAAGAGUCUAGAAGCCCAUGUAAAGAAGAUAAAGCGAAGAGGAGAUGCUGUAUUUGCAUAUAUCAGAAAAUGCAGGUCCCUGGGGAUUUCUCAUAGUCGGUUUCUUCCUUCUUUAAGCCCCCCUUCUGGACAGCCACAGCGAUGCAUUUCUCCAGCUGAAUCGCUAAUCAAUACGUCAAGAGGUUCAGUCAAUGGAGGAUCUAUUAGUGACAACGCUUCGGUGUCAUCAGCAGACAAUGAUGGAGAUGUGACACUGAGAAGACCAAAGGAAGGCUUCUGGCAGAGUUUGCGGUCUAAGAAAAAGGUUGUCGACCUUACAGAAGAAGACAAAGGUUCAGCUGCCAGAUUGAAUGAAGAGAGACUGGUUGCCCAGUCACCGGACCAGAAUUUGAAACCCUCCAAAAAGUCAAAACCCUCAAGCACUCCACCACCUAUAGCCAUUAAAGAAGAAAAUCCAAGCAAUACAGAGGAGGACCGUGUCACUUCUGUACAGUUUGAAGAAGAGGACUGGCACUCAAAACUACAUCCGUUUCCAGACACUCCAUUUCCCAAAGAGCUGCCGGUUGCAGCGGCUUCUUAUAACUUGCCCCAGAAACCAGUACUGAAGCUAGCUCGAAUUGGACGUGCGCAAGAAUUGGGCAUCGCGUGGAACGUUGAGCACAAAGAUCCCCACGUGGCUGAGAUGAAUUGCUAUCACAUUUACGUUUCCCAUGAACACAAAAACGGCACGUUCUCUCCAUGGAAGUGUCUUGGCGUGAUCAAAGCCAUGCCUCUUCCUAUGGCCUGCAAAGUGUCUGACUGCAAAGGAGAUAAACGAAUGUGUUUCAUCGUUGUGGGAAAGGAUAUAUUUGGCCGUUUUGGGCCAUACAGUGACAUUCGUACCGUUGCACGGGGACAGAAAUGAUUUCGGCAACACUUCUGGAGUGCGUAGAAUCCAUUGUUCAAGUUUGGAUUGUUCAGCGAGGAUUAAUGUGAAUCUUUAUACUGAAAUAUAGAGUAAAUAUUUAUUUUUUAAAUGUUUGAAUUUCACAAACAAUGUUGCAUUUGGUUAAAAAAAAUAAAGUUAAAGCUGCUA